AUAUUAAAAUCACAUCACCUUAUUUCUAAAUUUCAAUCAAUCUAUCAAAGUUGGAAAUACUUGCCCAAAUCAUAGAUCAUUGUUGUGAAAAUUUUCAAAAUCUACUUUAUUGACUGCUCACAAAUUAUCCACGAUGGUUUGCUCAGGAAAGGAGAGAUCAGAAUUCACAAAGAGUAUAGGUUGCGGUCCGUUCGCGAUCCGAACUAAGUGCCCAAAUUGCCAUAAGGAGGUGGUAUCUGAGCCAGUUUACAGAGCAACAACGAAUACCCAUAUAAUAGCGAUUUUGUUAUGCAUUUUCGUCUUGUGGCCUUUUUGCUGUCUACCUUACUUCACGCCAUGCUGCCAAUCGAUUGACCAUUUCUGCCCAUAUUGCGGUGUUUAUAUUGGGACCUUCUCGGAUUAGUUCCUUCAGAAUAUUUUCAAAUUCUAUAUUAUGUUAUUGCUCUGAUUUAUCUAGACGAAGAAAUGUAAAUGCAUUUUAUACUAGCUUAAAAAAUAUGAGCACAGAAAUGCUGCUAA